AUGUGUAUGUGUGUACCUGUGUAUGCUCUGGAGACUGCAACUACACCUUUUGGACUCAUUGCUUCGGCCUGGUACAAAACUGUAUCGCAAUUUUCUCCAGACAAAAAGCAGCAAUGCCUGUACCGGGAAUGGAUCCAGAGGAGUGUGUGUAGAGGAAUCCCACCACUACAGAGCAGUGAUGUGAGACCCCUCAUCAGCCCAAGACUUGGAGUUGACCCAUUUUCCAUGCUGGUCACAAGAAGCCUUUGCAAUCAAUGA